UCAAGUUCCGAAGCUGCAAUUAAUGAAUUAAAUACUGAUUAAAAACUGCAUUUGCAAGAUGGGCUAUGUUGCUGUUCCAAUUCACCAUUUUUGCAAUGCCUUGGUGCCAUCUUCUCCUGCUUGGGAUCUUCCCAAUAGCCUAUGCCCUCUCCAAUGACUGUUCUUCCUCCAUGUGUGGAGAUAUGGAGAUCAAAUUCCCUUUUACCCUUGAAAGCAGCUCCAAUAGUUGCAGGACAGCAGGAUUGAGUGCGAAUCUGUCCUGCUCCUCCACCAACGAGACAAUUAUUACUCUCCCCUCUUCAGAAUCCUACAGAAUAACAUCUAUUGGCUAUGCUUAUGAGUUCUUUAUUGAAGUUCUUCUAUCAACAUCUUCCAUUAGUUGCCCAUGGAAAAAAGGUACCCAAAAACGGCCAAACGUCAACGGCUCUGUUUUUCAUGUAGCUGUAUCACGUUUUGUUCUAGUGAACUGCACAACCAAGAUAAGCUUGCAAGCUGACAAUGAAGGUGUAGUUGGGCCAAUCUCUUGCCUCAGUGAAGUAGAUUCUUUUGUUUAUGCUAUGAAUGUAUAUGAGAGAAUAGACAUACUUCCUCCUUCAUGCAUCGUAAUAUAUACCGGUGAAGUUCUUUCUAAUUAUUCUGGUCAAUCGAUACAAGCUAUAGCGCCAAAGAGCCUGCAAGGACAAACGGCUUCUUUGUCUGUGAUUGCCGAAGCUAUGCCCUGUUCAGAUUGUUUCGUUGAAGAAAAUAAAUGUGGAUAUAAUAUCAGAAGAGAUACAAGUUUUUGUAUUCUACAAGAUUCUCACCAUGGUUUACAUCUUAUUCUUGAAGGCGUUGCCAUUGGUACAUCUCUUGUGGUUUUUCUGAUUGCAGUUCUUGUGGUUCUCUACUUUUUCAAAAAAUAUAACAAUGAAAAACAGAAGCGCAUAAAGGUGGAAAAGUUCCUUGCAACCUACAAAUCCACAACACUAACUCGAUACAAUUUCUCUAAUAUUAAGAAAAUAACAAAGAAAUUUAAGCAUAAGUUGGGUCAAGGAGGAUUUGGAAGUGUCUACAAAGGUGAGCUGACUAAUGGAAUUCCUGUGGCAGUUAAAUUGCUAGAAGCAUCAAAAUCCAAUGGAGAUGAUUUUGUCAAUGAAGUAGCCACUAUAGGAAAAAUUCACCAUGUCAAUGUAGUUCGUCUUUUAGGGUUCUGUUCAGAUGGAACUAACAGAGCCCUAGUAUAUGAGUUCAUGCCAAAUAACUCAUUGGAAAAGUUUAUUUUCUUUGGUGAAUCAAAGAAGAGACAUGAAUUUUUCAACAUGGAGAAGUUACAGGAGAUUGCAAUUGGCAUUGCCCAAGGGAUCAAUCAUUUGCACCAAGGAUGCAAUCAAAGAAUUCUUCACUUUGACAUCAAACCCCAUAAUAUUUUGUUAGAUUAUGACUUCAAUCCAAAAAUUUCAGAUUUUGGCCUUGCUAAGCUCUGCUCUAGAGAUGAAAGCAUUGUUACAAUAAGUGCUGCAAGAGGCACUAUGGGAUACAUAGCACCAGAAGUUUACUCAAGAAACUUUGGGCCAGUCUCUCAUAAGUCUGAUGUAUAUAGUUAUGGAAUGCUUUUGUUAGAAAUGAUUGGAAGGAGGAAAAAUAUUGAUCCUACAAUUGAGAACCUCAGUGAAAUUUAUUUUCCAGAGUGGAUAUAUAAUAAGUUGGUCAAUAACAACAGUCUAGGAUUAGCUAUGGAAAUGGAAGGAAAUGAAGAAAUUAUGAAAAGGCUUGCAAUCAUAGCACUUUGGUGCAUACAAUGGAAUCCAGCAGAGCGUCCAUCAAUGAAUAAAGUUGUUCAAAUGCUCACAACAAACUUUCAGAGUUUGGAGAUGCCCCCAACCCCUUUUGUUCCUUCUGAUCAACCGAGCAAUGUUAAUGUCUCAACCAAUCAUGAAAGGAUUUUGGAGGUCUGUAUCUCAACCAAUCAUGAGGAAAUUUUGGAGGAUUGAUUAAUAAUUAGUUUAGUAUAUAGGUCUAUUGAAUCCUUAUGUGAUGUUAUUAUAUUUAUUUGUUCCUAAAUCUAUUUUAAAACAUUUUAUUUGGAUGAACAAAAUUUAUGUAGAUUUUUUAAUAAA